GGCGUCGCGUCUUCCGCUCGUUAUGUAAACAGUAAAGAUGGCGGUGUCCGGCAUGCUCCGUGCUGUCCUCGGUCAGGCUCUCAGCAGGUUCAGGUGUUCGGGGGGGAACCUGCGACACACCAGAGCUGCGCACAGUUUGAUCUUUAAAGCCAUCAACCAUCAGAACAAUGCUGUGACCUCACUUUCUGUGGAGAGAAGGUGCUCGGCAUGCUGGGUAAACGUGAGCAAACAGGAAUCCGACUGGAGGAGGAGCCGAGGAGGAGGCGGCAUGCUGUGGGCAGCGGUUGCCUUCUCCCUGUUCAGCAGCAGUGAGGAAGACAAACGUGAUGAAGCUCAGAGGAAGGAGGAUGAGAUGAUCCUGCUGCUGAAGAAAGCCAAGCUCAGCGUGCAUCGGGGGCAGCUGCAGGCCGCCUCAGGGUUCCUCCAUCAGGCCGUUGUUCUCGCUCAUCAGACGCACAACAACCAGGCCAUCAUCUACACGUACAGCCUGAUGGCGAACCUGGCCUAUGUUCAGGGUCAGCUGGACGGCGCUGAGAAACUCUUCAAAGCAGCAAUGAGCUUCAUGCUGGCAGGAGGAACUCCACAGGACGACAACGCCGUCAUUGAGAUGUCGCUGAAGCUGGCCACCAUCUACGCCGAACAGAACAAGGCGGAGCUUGCAGAGCACGGUUUCAGGUUCUGUAUGGAGUCUCUGGAGGCCAAACUGGAGAAGCACAAAGAGCUUCUAGGAGAGGAGCCCACAGAGGAGCAGGAAGCUCUCAGGAAGGAGACCCGCCUCCUGCUCGGUCUGUGUUUGGACUCACGGGCUCGAUACCGCGCAUCAACACUGCACCUGAAACAGGCUGGGCAGGAUUACCAGGAUGCCCUGAACAUCUGCCGCCAGGAGCAGGGAGAGACACACCCACAGACUCUUGUGCUUAUGAGCGACCUGGCCACCAUCUUGGAUCUGCAGGGCCACCACGAUGAUGCCUUGGCACUGGUGCAGCAGGCGGUGGACCUGAGCCGCUCAGUCGGACAUCCGGAUCUGCACGUGUUGCUGGGAAACAUGGCAGGCAUCCUGCUGCACACAGGCCGACCGGAUGAGUCCGUCCGGUUCUAUCAGGAGGCCCUGGGUCUGGCUCGGCAGGCCGGAGACCAGGAGGCUGUGGACAGGAUCCAGGAGGGACUGAAGGAGGUGAAGAAGAGGAGGAACCAGGAGAGGAAGGAGGAGGAGGAAGCAGCAGCCGCACAGUGACUCAGACUGAGGAGACCACAGGACCAUUAGGACUACACCUCCUCCUCCUCUUCCUCUGUGGUGUGUUCGGCCCAUUCUUAGGAUGAAACGAAACCUGAGCC